AGGUUCAGACCCUUCUGCUCUGGCAAUGGGUUCAUGGCGUCUUUCAGCUUUCUCCCAGGAGAGACUCUUGUGUGGGAGCUGAUUUCUUCUCGAAUCUGACCACCGUAGCCCUCAGUAAUUAUAGCAGCGUUGAAAUUCCGAGCUAAAAACAGAAGUGCAGCAUGUGCCUAUUCCCCAUGUGAUUCGCAAACCAGGAAAUUGAAAGAGCCUGACUGAGAGGAGAGGGAGUGUAAAGCAAUAGACACAUCCAAUAUUUAUCUCAAACCUGCUCCGCCCGGGACGCAGGAGCUGUCAUCUGCCGGGGCUGAUUAUGCAUGAAGGCUGAGCCCAGCCUGAUUGGAUGUAGUAGGACCUAAGGCGAGGGGGAGAGAGAGCUGAGAGAGAGUUCUGCUCGCAGCACCGAAAUGUAAACACUGGAAAACGAGAGGGAGUAUAAAGCCUUUAUGCUCCGAACUGCUGGCAGCAGGCUCCCAUGGCUCUGGCAGCCUUCUCCUUGCACGUCUAGCUGUGCCGGGCUGGAUGAACAGAAGCGGACACUUCGGAGGAUCUCCGGCCUGUGGAUACCUAUAAAGAGGGGGCAGUCGGGAUGCGCUAGCGUUCCCCGGCGGUGCCGCAGCUCCUCCGUGCUCCGCGCCGCGGCUGGGACGGGGCGAUGGACAUGAGCAUGAAGAAGUUCACAGUGCGUCGGUUCUUCUCAGUCUAUCUCCGCAAGAAAUCUCGGUCAAAGAGCUCGAGCCUAAGUAGAUUUGAGGAAGAAGGUAUCGUGAAGGAAAUAGACAUCAGUCAUCAUGUGAAGGAAGGUUUUGAAAAAGCAGAUCCUUCUCAGUUUGAGCUGCUGAAAGUAUUAGGACAAGGUUCAUAUGGAAAGGUAUUUCUAGUGAGGAAGAUCAAAGGAUCUGAUGCGGGUCAGCUUUAUGCCAUGAAGGUACUUAAGAAGGCAACUCUGAAAGUUCGGGAUCGGGUACGAUCAAAAAUGGAAAGAGAUAUUUUGGCAGAAGUGAAUCAUCCUUUCAUAGUCAAGCUUCAUUAUGCAUUUCAAACAGAGGGAAAGUUGUAUCUAAUACUAGAUUUCCUGCGUGGAGGUGACCUUUUCACAAGACUCUCCAAAGAGGUGAUGUUUACAGAAGAGGAUGUCAAGUUCUACUUAGCUGAGCUGGCCUUGGCGUUAGACCACCUCCAUGGUCUUGGAAUUAUUUACAGGGAUUUGAAGCCAGAAAACAUUCUUCUUGAUGAAGAGGGCCAUAUUAAGAUAACAGAUUUUGGUCUGAGUAAAGAAGCCAUCGACCAUGACAAAAGAGCAUAUUCGUUCUGUGGGACAAUAGAGUACAUGGCCCCAGAGGUGGUCAACCGACGAGGACACACACAGAGUGCGGACUGGUGGUCUUUUGGAGUGCUCAUGUUUGAGAUGCUGACGGGAUCAUUACCCUUCCAGGGAAAAGACAGAAAGGAGACAAUGGCACUUAUCCUUAAAGCCAAGCUGGGAAUGCCACAGUUCUUGAGCAUAGAAGCCCAGAGCCUGCUGAGAGCCCUCUUCAAAAGGAACCCCUCCAACAGAUUAGGUGCUGGAUUUGAUGGAGUGGAAGAAAUUAAACGGCACCCUUUCUUUGUUACUAUAGACUGGAAUAAACUAUACAGGAAAGAGAUCAAGCCACCUUUCAAACCUGCAGUGGGACGGCCAGAAGACACCUUUCACUUUGAUCCAGAGUUCACAUCUCGGACCCCCACAGAUUCCCCAGGUGUUCCUCCAAGUGCCAACGCUCAUCAUCUUUUUAGAGGGUUCAGCUUCGUUGCCUCUAACUUGGUGCAGGAGCCUGCACAGCAAGAUGCUCACAAAAUCACUGUUCAUCCAAUUGUGCAGCAGUUACAUGGGAACAACAUUCACUUUACAGAUGGGUAUGAGAUCAAGGAGGACAUAGGAAUUGGCUCCUAUUCAGUGUGCAAGAGAUGUGUUCAUAAAGCUACAGAAACAGAGUUUGCAGUGAAGAUUAUUGAUAAGAGCAAGAGAGACCCCUCUGAAGAAAUUGAGAUCCUCUUGCGAUAUGGACAGCAUCCAAACAUCAUUACUCUGAAAGAUGUCUAUGAUGAUGGGAAAUACGUGUACCUGGUGAUGGAGCUGAUGCGGGGAGGUGAGCUCCUGGACCGCAUCCUUCGGCAGAAGUGUUUCUCCGAGCGGGAGGCCAGCGCUGUGCUGUGCACCAUCACCAGGACUGUGGACUACCUGCACUCUCAGGGUGUUGUGCACCGAGAUCUCAAGCCAAGUAAUAUUCUCUACAUGGAUGAGUCAGGAAACCCAGACUCCAUCAGGAUCUGUGACUUCGGGUUUGCCAAACAACUGAGAGCAGAGAACGGGCUUCUCAUGACACCCUGCUACACUGCCAACUUUGUUGCCCCUGAGGUCCUUAAACGCCAAGGUUAUGAUGCAGCCUGUGAUAUCUGGAGCCUGGGAAUCCUCCUGUAUACCAUGCUAGCAGGGUUCACUCCUUUUGCAAAUGGACCAGAUGACACCCCAGAGGAGAUUCUGGCCAGGAUCGGCAGUGGCAAAUACGCACUUACAGGAGGAAACUGGGAUUCAGUAUCUGACACUGCAAAGGACAUUGUGUCAAAGAUGCUUCAUGUAGACCCUCAUCAGCGCCUCACAGCAGUCCAAGUCCUAAGACAUCCAUGGAUAGUGAACAGGGAGUAUCUAUCUCAAAACCAACUCAGCAGACAGGAUGUUCACCUGGUGAAGGGUGCAAUGGCAGCCACUUACUUUGCUUUAAACCGAGCACCUCAGGCACCAAGGCUGGAGCCUGUAUUGUCCUCUAAUCUGGCUCAGCGGAGGGGCAUGAAAAGACUUACCUCUACCAGGUUGUAGCAGUAUCCCCAAAAGGCCUCUUUGAAAACCCACAACUUAUUAUUUGAGAGAUCCAGCUUCACUUGGCUAGCAGAACUGUUUUGGACAACCUGCACAUGAAAUCACCAGGACUAGCAGAAGUCCAGCGUAAGGCAAAGUUCUCCUUUGCUCCAUCACUUCUUUUACAUUCCAGCCAGGGUUCCAAGUUUAACAACUUCACGAAGAUGUGCCAAUUUUGCCAAUAGCUCUUUUUCCUUACUGAGAUAAAGCCAAAUAAAGUAGGUGUGCUCCAUCCUUCCCAUCCUAAGAAAUACUAUUUUUCAGUCCUUAAGAUAAUCCAUAGCAGCACUGUUUUCACUUUGUUUCUCAAGAAAAGCACUUUUUGCUAUGAAGAAUGCAAGAGGGUUUGGAUAUUUUCAGAUGUUCCAGGAUGUGUCAUGAUAAAGUGGCUUGGAUGGUCACUAGUAGACUUAUACUGAUCGCCAAGCACCCCAGGAAGAGUGAAGGCUGCGGAGACACAUGAUUAAUACUUUACUUGAAAUAAGUGCUAUACAACAUGAAGGAAAGGGGGCUGUCAGUGCUGGAAAUACCUUCGGAUUUCAAUAAAUGUUUUGCACUUUGUCUAUGCCCUCUCUGCAAUGAAGCCAGAGGUGUGCAUGCCACCAGAUCUGACUUGCUUGGUCUCUCAGAGCAGCAAACCUCUGAGACCCUUGUUCUUCUGAGGAAAUUAUUGAGUCUUAUGAGACUAUGAGAAAGCAUUCAUGUAAAACAGUGUGAGUAGGAGCCUGUGGAUCUGAGGAGAAAAAGAUUGUGUGUCAGCAAGCAGGUGGUGUGGAAGGACUAGGUGAGGGGGAGCUGAGCAGAAGCAGAGAGCAGCACGGUUGACUUUGAGGACAAUAGGCAAAAAGCCCCCAUUACAGUGUGGUGGGGAGUGCUGCCAAAGGGAACUAGCAUGCAAGGGCUGGGUGGGCAAGCUGAGACUCCCCUUAAAAGUGAGGGAUGAUCCCUCUUCAGCAGCUGGUACAGAAGAGUGUGGGUGGGUGGCUGGGCUUCUGAGGGGCUGGGUGGGUCAGUGCGGCCAUCUCCCCACUCCAUCACUGAGUCUGCUCAUGGAGACAGGCUCUGGCAGGCCAGAGUGUCACCCUGGAGCAAGUGAGGCCAUUUCCAAUCAUUGCUCCCUGCCCUUCCCUGGCUGCUCACCCAAAUCUGCCUCUGCCACCCAACAUUUCAUGUCCCUUCCUGGCUGUUCUGCUCUAGCAGAGAUAAAGUCCCUGUGACACGUGUGUGUGCAGAGAGUACCUACGUUUGAAGAGUCGAGUUAACUCUGUUACAAGCUUUAAUAAUAAUAAAUUAUGAGGAGAAAUGGGAGGAUGCUCUGCUUUUAUAUUUAUCUAAAUAUGUACAUGUGUAUUUAUAUACCUAUAGAACAAAAGUUUUGUACCCUAAUAUCUGGGGUUUCCAGGUUCAGGGAAAGAAAACUUUCCUGAAAUGGUCUCAGCAAAAUGGACCUUUUUUUCUCAUUCCCUGAUUUCAAAGAAAGUGAGCAAGGUUUGUGGUGUCAGAUGUGAACUAAUUUUUUAUUCUCUUUCUUACUCAUCUUGGCUUACAGUGAUCACAAGCUGACCAGGAUUCUUCUUUGUACUGCUUUUGUUGAUUUUUUGUUUUCUGAGUAAAUUUUGUCACCUCAGAUGCUUUGUGGAAAAAGCUAAUGUGCUAUGUUGGGUUUCUUUCUGUUGUGAAGGGGGGAAAAAGAAAAAUGUGAGUGUGGAGCUUCAUAUCCUACAGAUGGUAAUUUUUCCUUGCUGGGUAAUAUGUGCAUCUCGGUGCUGAACUGGAAUUAUCAGAUCAUUGCCUACAGUGUCCAAGGGAACAAGGAGUUGCAUUUGCUAUAGUAAUAUGCUUCCUAAAACUAUCUCUGUUCCAAUGUUGACUGAACUUUGGUGUUUGCUUUAGUCUGUUUUUAAAUUUAAAUUUAUUCUUAAUAAUUUAAAUGGAUAUUUAAUGUUCAGGUUUAUGUGCUGUGCACAGAGGACUGCUGAAAAGCAGCUCUCCUUGAAGCCCAUCUCUUUUUUAGAAUAAACAAUGCUGUGAAACUUCA